UCUCUUUUCUUUCCCGGAAAAUUUGUAAACCUUGAAAAGGCGCAAACCGCCGCUAACCUAUGUUCUUCAAUGAGCAUUAACCAAUUUAAUUUCUUUCGCACCAAGCCAAAACCGCCAUUAUAAAAAAAAAAAACCCUUAAUCUCUGCAUAAAAAGUAGUUUCCUUCCAAUCCAAUUCAAUAAAAUCAAGAUGAUGUUAUCUCUCCCCAAGACUGAAACUCUCCUCUCGACAGCAGCUUCCCUCGCUGCCACUGCCAUUCUCUUUCGUUCCAUAACCAAAGAUCUCAUCCCCCAACCUGUCCAUGACUACUUUCAUUCGACCCUUCGAAAAAUAUCAACCCGUUUGUCUUCUCAGCUCACCAUCAUCAUUGACGAGUUUGAUGACCUCACUGCAAAUCAAAUGUUUCAGGCCGCUAAUGUAUACUUGGGCUCCAACUUAUCGCCAUUAACCAGAAGAAUCAAAGUAAAUAAGCCAGAGAAGGAGAAGGAACUAGCUGUUACUAUUGACAGAGACCAAGAAUUGCUUGAUGUGUUUCAAGGGGUGGAAUUGAGAUGGGUUUUAGUGUCUUCCCACAUUGAAACACAUGUUUCUUCUAAUAAGAAACGCAAUGAUGGCGGCACGUUUUCUCGAUCUGAGCUACGUUACUUCGAGCUAAGUUUCAAAAGUAAGUACAGAGACUUGGUUUUGAGUUCUUAUUUACCUCAUAUCCUUCGAAAGGCAAAAGCAAUAAGAGAAGAGAAGAAGACUCUGAAACUCCACACAAUUGAUUAUAAUGGUACCGAUUAUUGGGGAUCCAUCAACUUCGACCAUCCUGCAACAUUUGACACAAUAGCAAUGGAUCCGGAUAUGAAAACGACGUUACUUGAGGACCUCAAUCAAUUUCUAGCAGGGAAGGAGUUUUACAGGAGAGUAGGCAAGGCUUGGAAACGUGGGUAUUUGUUAUAUGGACCACCUGGAACGGGGAAGUCGAGCUUGGUUGCAGCCAUGGCUAAUUAUCUCAAGUUUGAUGUUUAUGAUUUGGAUUUAAAGGAAGUUCAAUGCAAUUCCGAUUUGAAGAGGUUACUGAUUGGUACAGGCAAUCGUUCAAUAUUAGUGGUAGAAGACAUUGAUCGUUCUUUCGAAUCUCUGGAUGAGGAUAAGGUUACUCUCUCUGGUCUUCUGAAUUUCAUUGAUGGCUUGUGGUCGAGCUGUGGAGAUGAAAGGAUUAUAGUGUUCACCACCAAUUACAAAGACCAGCUUGAUCCAGUGUUGCUAAGACCAGGUCGCAUGGAUGUGCACCUGCAUAUGUCUUACUGCACUUUCUUUGGUUUCAAGAGACUUGCAUCUAAUUAUUUGCAAAUUCAUGAACAUCCACUUCUUGAAGAAAUUGAGCAGCUGCUAGAGAGUCAGGCAACGCCUGCUGAAGUUGCUGGAGAGCUGUUGAAAAAUAAAGAUGCAGAAGUUGCACUUCAGGGCCUAAUAAAAUUCCUUCAUCACAAGAUAACAUCUACAACUAUGUGGGAAAAUUGAAUAAGUAGGAUUUUUUUUUUUUUCUUUUUAGGAAGUUAUCAACAGAAAACAUUUUAUGCUCAGUUUUGUCAAUAAAAUUAUCUAGGAGAGAU